AUGGUUCUGCAGCUACGCAAAGAACGAGAGGAUGCCCAAUCCGUGACAAACCGUAAUGAACUACUUGGUCGACGUCCACAUCACACAGCGACACCCGAGAACCCAUACGCCCAAUCUUCCCUUCCUCAGUCGUCGGCCUUCGCUCCAUCUUCGUCCCGCGGGGGGCUCAGUUUCGGCGCUUCACCCGCAGAUUACAACCGUGAGACUCAUGCGCUUCGCGAGCAAUCUUUCUUGGCCAACACGAGCAUACAGCUUGAUGAAUUCCUCGACCGGGGACGUGCUGUACUAGCGGAUCUUGGGCAGCAGCGAGAGGUGUUGAAGGGAACGCAGCGUCGGCUGUAUAGUGUCGCUAAUACCCUGGGAGUCAGCGGUGAAACCAUCCGAAAAGUGGAGCGACGGGCAAAGCAGGAUAAGUGGAUUUUCUGGGGUGGGGUCCUCAUAUUCUUCCUCUUUUGCUGGGCUGUAUUACACUUUUUGAGAUAG